AUGGCCCGUAACGCAAAGUCAUUGCCUUUGCUUCUUCCCGUGUCCAUUCGACAACGUUCGUUUCAGAAGUUACACACUAUCUAUCUAUCUAUCUAUCUAUCUAUCUAUCUAUCUCAGUCUGUUCAUAUCUAUCUAUCUAUCUAUCUCAGUCUGUUCAUAUCUAUCUCAGUCUGUUCAUAUCUAUCUAUCUAUCUAUCUAUAUCUAUCUAUCUAUCUAUCUAUCUCAGUCUGUUCAUAUCUAUCUAUCUAUCUAUCUAUCUAUCUAUCUAUCUAUCUAUCUCAGUCUGUUCAUAUCUAUCUCAGUCUGUUCAUAUCUAUCUAUCUAUCUAUCUAUCUAUCUCAGUCUGUUUCAUAUCUAUCUAUCUAUCUAUCUAUCUCAGUCUGUUCAUAUUCUAUCUAUCUAUCUAUCUAUCUAUCUAUCUAUCUCAGUCUGUUCCUAUAUCUAUCUAUCUAUUCAUUAUCUAUCUAUCUCAGUCUGUUCAUAUCUAUCUCAGUCUGUUCAUAUCUAUCUAUCUAUCUAUCUAUCUUUCUUUUUUUCUUUAA